CCAAAUGGUCGACAAACUGGAGUUGCAGCAGUUCUCUGCUUACACUUAUGUUUUGAAAGACAAAUUCGGACUGGUUAUUCGCUUUCGCGUUCUUCUUGUUGUAUUGUGCGCUUAUUUGCAGAAGCUAUAGUCCACGAAACCCGAGGCCGGUUGAUGUAUCGGUUCAUAUAUUAUUGUAUUAAUUGUUAUGAAUAGUGUAACCGAGCAGUUUUCACAAAUUUUUUCACGGGCACUCGAUCACCAGCUUGCUUCAGGAUAUUCGCAAUUCGUACUUAUUACACUACUGGAAUGCAUGCAGAAUUUUAAUUAUGGAGGAUCACUGACGACUGUGGGAAAGACUGAAGUUAAUCCAAAUUCCUAUCUAGCCGGGAUGCAGUAAUGGACAAGCGUUCGGACAUUGGGACGCCUAUCAAAAAUGGACAUUCUUCUCAUCACCACCAUCAUAGUCACUCACGAUCUCCGACAAUGCAAAUCGGUGACAGCCCGGCGCAUUCCCGCGGCUCGACCCAGUUUGAAAGCGAGGAGUCGCCUAGCACACCGGCUUCCGACCCGAAGACUUCCCGCCGAUCUUCCAAUGAUAUACAAAAGUCAGUGUUGUCACUGCCAGGAGUGAACAAUCAUGAAGCUGCCGCUUUACGAAAACACAUCAAAAUCCUCGAAGAACGCCUUCGAAAUGAACGUCAUUCCCAUGCAGUCAAAUUUUCUGAACUGGAAAAACAGCUCAUCCAAGAAAAUGCCCAGCUCAAGGUCUCAACAAAUGCAUUACAAAGGCAAAUUAAGCGGGAACAACAGCUGGUGCAAGACCAUGAACAGGAGCUGAGCAAACUGCGCAAAGGUGAACGGAAGAGCAAACUGUCCAACAUUACCAGCGGAAUUGCGCGGAGUUUCAGCGAUGCCACACUGGAAGACAUGGAAAUGAAGGAAACAUCGGCAAAACAAACUGAUAACACUACUGAGUCGGAGGUGGUGCGCAUGCUCAAGGAGCGUUUAGACGACUCUGAAAAAGACCGCCGCGAAGCCGAAGCAAUAUUUAAUCAACGCAUCUCCACUUUGCUGCGCGAACGCAACGUCCAGAGAGUCCAGAUGCAAAGUGCCGAAGAAAACAUUCUCAAAUUCAGCGGCGAGAACGAAGCGCUAAGGCAAACUGCCUACGAAUACCGUCAACAGAUGGAAGCCAUUGGCAACGGAAAUCCUUUCAACGACAAUCAGCUGGCCUUGAUCAAGCGCGACAACCAGCAGCUGCGCGAAGAACUGGAUGCCCUACACCGUGAGAAACAGAAACUCUUGUUCGAUCUAGAGAAUCUGUCGGAAGAAUUAGCCCUGCUCAAGGCUAAUGAGCGCCAGAAUCACGAAAACAAUCAACUGGCCACUAAUUUGAAAGACCGCAUCGACACCCUUCGCAACCAGCUCUCUUCGCUGGAAAGGAGAAACAGCCAAAGAAACGGAAACGCGAGUGGAGAAAGUUCAGCUGUGGAUCUGUCAUCCAGCGAACCAACGCCCAGGAACGACAGUGACAUUCGGCGGCAGGCGGAGCUAGAAGAGCAGUUGCUACAGUACCAGCGCCAAUUAGCGGAAACCAAUCAGAAGUUAGGCCGCGUUUUGGAGAUGAGUCAGCGUUACGAAUCACAUUGCUACAAACUGGAAAAGGAACUGUACAAAAUCUACGGAAAUAGCUACCAAUUUGUCCAGACAGAUUGGCGGCACAAAGAUCAGGAUUUCAUAAAAAAUCUUAAAAAAACUACCGCUACUCGGUCUCUUCCUAAUUAUGCGCAAAUGCCGGCUAGAAAAUCAACAGGUGUUUCUGUAACGACCCAAACACCGGCUGUUCCACUGCCUAGCAACAUGCGUCCGGAACGGGAUGAACUGAUGGACAAACUGACCGAUAAAGUCAAUGGUAUGGUCAAAAUGCUGGAAAGAAUCUCUCCUACGAACAGCCCGAAGUCAUCGCGGAGAAAGAGCGUCAGCGAAGGUCAUGCCGUGGCGGCGGCCUUUGAUGACCUUUUGCGCUCAAUUCGUGACGGGCAAACGACGAAUUCGGUGGAUUUAACGAAACUGACCGAGGCGAAACUGGAAAUUCAGGGUUUACAGAAGGCAUUCCGCCAUUUGGAGGAAAAGAACAGUAACCUCGAAAGUGAAAUACGGCUUCUACGCCAGCAACGAACGGAAGAUGAUCGAGUGUCACAGAAUGGGAGUGUCGAUUCCAACCGUCCAAUUACUCAGGAGGAAAUCGAUGACCGCAUCAUGAAGGCACAGUUACGCGCCGCACAACUGCAUGCCGCCGGCCUGUUGCCGUCCUUUGCGCCGGUAGGAGUGACGAAUCCUUUCUUGACGAACGAUUCCCCGGGAAGCAACUUUACGUCCAACACUUCCGGUGUGUGGGAACUGCCGUGGAGUCCUAACGGUUUCGAUGACGAUCUUGCCAAAACAGCACAAUUGCGUCCAAGAGCAUCAACUCUUUUCUGAGCCUGUUUGCAACGUACAUGCAGUGGACUCCAUAAAGAUGUUACACCCACAGGCCACGGCCAUUAGCGCUAUAAAUGUGAGUGGAUAUUUUGUAACACCAUUGUGAAGUCCAGUGUACAGAUACCAUAUCGUUCCUAACCUUAACCCUGUUAUGGUUAAUCGUUUCAUGGAGCUAGUUUGACGACUGGCCGUCACCCUUGGUCAAUAUGGAAUACAUUCUAACAGUCAUAUUUUAUCGAUGAAGGCUUCACAGAAUACAGUGUAUGU